AUGGAAGCAGAAGUCGUGCAAUGGCUCGCCGUCACGCUCGCCUUGCUAGGCGUCCUCGUCGGGCCACGUCGCCUCCUUCGCCUCUCUCCACCUUGACGGUCGAACCCUGGCUGACUCCUCUCCCGUAACCCUUACUUCUUCAGAUGCAAAUCUUUGUCAAGACCUUAACCGGCAAGACGAUCACGCUUGAGGUUGAGUCCUCGGACACGAUCGACAACGUAAAGGCUAAGAUUCAGGAUAAGGAGGGCAUUCCCCCAGACCAACAACGUCUCAUCUUCGCGGGCAAGCAGCUCGAGGAUGGCCGUACGCUCGCCGAUUACAACAUCCAGAAGGAGUCGACGCUGCACUUGGUGCUCCGCCUCCGAGGUGGUAUGCAAAUCUUCGUCAAGACCUUGACAGGCAAGACGAUCACGCUCGAGGUUGAGUCCUCGGACACGAUCGACAACGUCAAGGCCAAGAUUCAGGACAAGGAGGGCAUUCCCCCAGACCAACAACGUCUCAUCUUCGCGGGCAAGCAGCUCGAGGAUGGCCGUACGCUCGCCGACUACAACAUCCAGAAGGAGUCGACGCUGCACUUGGUGCUCCGUCUCCGAGGCGGACAGUAG